CCUUGAAAGCUCUUGGCCCCCACUUUGAAGUGGUGUACGGUUGCCUGGCGGAAAAUUGCAUUUCAGUUUGAUUUUCAAACCCAAGACGGGCGGUUGUUACUCCAGAUCCAAAUUCCAGCUAAAAAUCGUAGGCGAAUUAGUUGCUACCAAGAUGCUCUCCCUCUCACUGAUGCUGAUCGUACUGGGGGCCGCUGUGGCCAUUGAAGUGCAGAAAUUCGGAUAUCUAUUUAAUCCCCCUCAACCGGAACACCAUCAGCGCCACGAGGAGAAACAAGAUCUGAACAAGAUACCAGGAGUCGCUGGCGUGGAUUAUCCCAUCUACCACGAAGUGCCGCACACCCAAUUUAGUUGCCACAAUGUACCCGCCGUACCGGGAAUGUACGCGAAUGUGGAAACUGGCUGCCAGGCCUACCACGUGUGUCACGAUGGGCGGGAAGGACACCAAGGUGCAAAGUUCCUGUGCACAAAUGGCACCAUUUUCAACCAGAAGGAGUUUGCCUGCGAUUGGUGGUACAAUGUCAAGUGCGAGGAGGCCAUCAGUCUAUAUCACUUGAAUGCCGAUCCGGAGCAUAAUCCUUACUUUCCGAAAAAGAAGCCCGAACUACAUCAUCUGGACCAUGAAGCUGGAAAGUUUCUGAUCCAAGCCUAA